UGGAGCUGGCCGCCGCGAGUGCGUGCACCGAGCCGUGGAGUCGCCACUCCCCGCAGCCGCCCGGCCGGUCCCCGACCUUGGGUGUGGGCCCCGCCGGGAUGGGGAGUCGCCGGGGCCUAGGCCAGCCGCGGGCCGGCCUCUGCCUGCUCCUGGCCUCGCUGCAGCUUCUGCCCCGGACACAGGCGGCAGACCCCGUGGAUGUGCUGGAGGCUCUGGGUGUGCGGGGGGGCCAGGCUGGGGUCCCCGAGGGGCCUGGCCUCUGCCCCCAGAGGGUCCCAGAGGGCGACCGGGCAUUCAGGGUGGGCAAGGCCAGCACACUGGGCGUCCCCACGUGGGAACUCUUUCCAGAUGAACAGUUUCCUGAGAACUUCUCUGUCCUGAUCACCCUGCGGGGCCAGCCAGCCAACCAGUCUAUUCUUCUGUCCGUCUAUGAUGAGGAUGGUGCCCGGCAGCUGGGCCUGGCGCUGGGGCCAGCUCUGGGCCUCCUAGGUGGCUCCUUUAGGCCCCUCCCCCAGCAGGUCAACCUCAUGGAUGGCAGGUGGCACCGAGUGGCGGUCAGUGUGGAUGGUGGCGCGGCGACCCUGGUGGCUGACUGUGAACCUCAGCCCCCGGUGCUGGGUCAGGGCCCUCGGUUCAUCAGCACAGCUGGACUCACGAUGCUGGGGAGCCAGGACCUCGGGGAGGAGAGCUUUGAGGGAGACAUCCAGGAGCUGCUGAUCAGCGCAGACCCGCAGGCGGCCUUCCAGGCCUGUGAGCGGUACCUUCCUGCCUGUGACCACCUGGACCCUGCAGCCGCCGGGGCCCCCCAGGGUGAGCCAGAAACCCCUCCCCCCAAACGGAAGAGGAAGGGAAAGGGGAAGAAAAAAGGGCGAGGUCGUAAGGGGAAGGGCAGGAAGAAGAAGAACAAGGAGGCCUUGACCCUGGAUCCAUCUCUUGGCUCCCUGGAGAACUGGACCUCUACCGACAUCCCCAAGACAGAGGCAACAGCUCCAACGCUGCCCCCGACUCCCACGCCCUUGGUCAUCGCCGCCACUGUGACCAUUGGCCGCAAUGUCACCAUCCUGGAGGAGGGGCUGGACCCUGACAGCGAAAAUGAACUGGGGACCCUGGAGACUGAUUUAGCCAGAGAGGAUGAGGAAGGAGAUGGCCCCACCAUGGGCCCCAACUUCCGGGCAGCAGAACAGCCAUCCCAGACUCAGUUCCACAUCUUUCCUGGCGCUGGAGAGAAGGGAGCCAAAGGAGAGCCUGCAGUGAUUGAACAGGGACAGCAGUUCGAGGGACCCCCAGGAGCCCCAGGACCUCGGGGGGUGGAUGGCCCCUCAGGCCCUCCUGGACCCCCAGGGUUCCCUGGGGACCCCGGCCUACCGGGCCCUGCUGGUCACCCAGGAAUCCCUGGCAUGGAUGGACACCGCGGCCUACCGGGAACUGUGAUCAUGAUGCCGUUCCAGUUUGCAAGCGGCUCCCUCAAAGGACCCCCAGUCUCCUUCCAGCAGGCCCAGGCUCAGGCAAUAAUGCAACAGGCUCAGCUCUCUAUGAAAGGGCCCCCUGGCCCGGUGGGGCUCACUGGACGCCCAGGCCCCGUGGGUCUCCCUGGGUAUGCAGGUCAGAAAGGAGAGAUGGGAGAAAUGGGGCCACAGGGUCCCCGAGGCCUUCAGGGACCUGUUGGGCCCCCUGGCCGGCAGGGCAAGAUGGGCCGCUCUGGAGCAGACGGGGCUCGGGGCCUCCCCGGGGACACAGGACCUAAGGGCGACAGGGGCUUUGAUGGCCUUCCAGGGCUGCCUGGUGAGCAGGGCCAAAGGGGUGACUUUGGCCAUAUGGGGCGGCCUGGUCCCCCAGGAGAAGAUGGUAGGAAGGUAAGUUGA